UAUCUUGGCAAAUGAACGUUGUCUCACUCGCUUUAUUGCCAGAUUAGGCCUGGCCUAAAGCGAAAAAGCUAGCACUCGCACUGCUCCCCCCUCCCCCUUAACAAAUUAAGAACAAUCCAGCCUCAGGUUUUCGAAAAACAGUCAACCUAAACUUAAAUUUAGCUACUGGUUCUUGUAAAAUAGAGUGUUCGUAUGUAAGAAAUUAUCCGGACUUUUGAACCUACCCCCUUCUCCGCCAGUUAUAUUUAGCGUGUUUUCGGCUCAUAUUUCAUUUGUUAAUAGAAUUCUCCUGGUAAAUUCACUGUUCACUUAUAAAAAAGAUUUGUUCCUUGAUUGAUUAAAUAUUGACAAAACUUCUUCCUUUUAUAAUUGGUUUGGCAAUGUUGAAAGAGAGUGAGCGAUAUUCGUGCGUGUUUAUGUCAUCAUAUAUUGUGUCAGACUGGUAAUAUGAUAAAAGUUUGUUCAUACACCCCCGCAUCCUAUGUUACUAAGCAAAUCUCAGUAUAAAUAUCUGUGAUGGAGCUUUCCACAAUGUUUCCGGGGGCAGUGAGGACAGCUUGCAACUUGCAGAACAGUGCUUGCAGCUUCCAACUUUUUCAAGCUUGUUACAGGAACAAAAGACACAAAAUUCAGGAAGUAGAAGUAGAUGUCAUUCGCGCCUGAUUAUGACAUGUGGUCGCGAUCAAAAGAGCGCGCAAUUCUUACAUCCGAUUCCGCGGAGAAUGUUAUCAAUGAAGGCUGUCUUGAUUGUCAGUUCGAUCGCCCCCCUGAAUGAAACAAAGGACAAUAUUUGACACCCUCAAGACUUUCAGUUGAUAUAACGAAUUGGGUUGCCUAACUCACAUAGAACCGAUAGAACACAGAUGAACAAUCAGAAAUCGACCUUCCGUGUAAAUGAUGAGAACACUGCUCUGGCAAUUGUCAUUGAAUUGAGACUUUGCAAUUAUUGAUGGAGCGUAACGCAAGGCGGCUGUUUUCUCAUUUUGAACAGAACUCCAGGAAGAAGCAAGCCACCGAAAAUGCAUGACAUUGCUGUCGUAAGAGUGGUGCAUUUAAUUAUCGCCACUUUGAUUGUUGUACCGCCUCUCCCGUUCGCAGAAGCGCAACAUCAGUGCACAUCGCUGACAUGGCAUAAGAAUACGACUGCAGACUUUAUUAUUGCAGGCAUUUUCCCAGUUCAUUAUUACGCAGCAAGUCACAAAAAAUUUGUUUUUAAUCCGGCUGGUUUAAUGUGGGUUGAAGCAAUGCUGUACACAAUAGAACAAAUAAACAAGGAUAGGAAACUCUUGCCAAAUAUCACGUUAGGGUUCGCAAUUUAUGACUCCUGCAAUAAUGCAGAUUUUGGAUUGCAAGCUACCCUCGACAUUAUACAAGAACCAAAGGUGAUUCCUUCCGCUCCUAGAAAACAAUUGACCUAUAACCAACCUAUGGAGGCGGUGAAGUGUUUCUGCAACAAAACUAAACCCCCAAUCGUCGCAGUUGUCGGAGACGCUGCUUCUUCGUCGUCUAUUACCAUUGCCAGCGUGCUGGGGGCUAAUGGCGUGAAGAUGCCGCAGAUCAGCUAUUCGUCAACCUCAACAGCCUUGUCAAAUAAGAACUAUUAUCCUUCCUUUCUGAGAACAAUUCCACCUGAUGAGUAUCAAGCUAUGUUUAUAGUUGACAUACUGAAAAAAUUCAACUGGACUUACGUUUCGUUCAUAGCCUCUGACGACGCUUACGGGAGACUUGGUGUCGAAAACCUUCUUCCUCGCCUUGAAAGUCAAGGCAUUUGCGUUGCAGUAAGUGAAGUUUUCGAAACAACAAAGGCUGGAGAGAGAAAAGUUACUGAAAUUAUUAGCAAACUUGUUGCAGACAAGAAAUCGACAGUAAUAGUUUUAUGGUGUCAAUACCCAGAAGCCGAUGUUGUCUUGAAAGAGGCAGAAAAGCAGAAACUGUAUGACAGAAUAUGGGUUGCCACAGAGACAUGGGGGAGCAAUAAGCUCGUAUUUAAUGUAAACAAGCGUGUUGUAAGUGGACUUCUUGGAAUUAUUCCAACCACUGUGGUGUAUCCAAAGUUUGAAGACUUUUUAACAUCCUUGUCCCCAAAUAAAACUGCAUACAACCCAUGGCUGGAUUUGUUUUGGAGAAACAAUUUUGGCUGUAACUCUACAGACAAUAUCACCUACUAUUGCAAUAAUACUCCCACUGCUACAGGCUUACCAAGGAACAAAUUUGCUAAUGUAAUGGAUGCUGUUUACUCAGUUGCGCAUGGUUUGCACAAUGCUUUUGAUACGUUUGGUAAAAAGAUUCAACCUGACACGCUGCUUGAUUUUAUCAAGAAAGUGAAUUUUGUUGGAAAAACAAGCCUUACAGUCAGCUUUAAUGAAAAUGGAGAUCCAGGUGUUGCAUCGUAUUCAUUGACAAAUUUGCAAAAUGAUGGAAAUGGUACAACAAAAUUUACAAUUAUUGGUGGUUGGGAUUCAAGAUCUCGAUUGCUUUCGUUGUUACCAGGAACAAGGCCUGUUUUUUCUAAUUGGAGUACAGCACAGCCAAACUCGAGCUGUUCUGAACAAUGCCAAGCUGGAUAUUUUGCCUUUACAUUUCCAUCCAAGCCUUGCUGCUGGAGAUGUGUGCCCUGUGCCAGUAAGAUGGUACAGCCUAAAGCUGGAAUGAAAGAAUGCAUUCUUUGCCAAGGGGAAAAAGUUGCAAAUGGAGAACGAACACAAUGUGUUGUUCCAAUGUACAAACAUAUUGCACUCAACAACUUUUGGGGUCUUUCUAUUUUUGUGUGCUCUCUGGUAGUACUUUUCAUUGAGGUUGCAAUUUUGGGUGUGAUUUUGCAUCGCUGGAAUACCCCAUUGGUCAAAGCAAUGAAUCGAGAGUUGACAUUGUUGCAACUUGCUAGUAUGACAGUGAUAUUUUUAAUGCCACUGUUGUACAUUUGGAGACCAACCAGUGCAAUUUGCAGCCUGAGAGCAUUUUACUUUGUAAUUUGUUACACUGCGUCUGUUUCAGUCACAUUCACAAAAACAGACAGACUGCUUCGUAUUUUCAAAGCAUCAACUGCUGGGAGGUUGAAAAAAACAAGCAGAGUUCUCAAUAACAAGAUCCAAUUUUUGACUGUUUUUGCACUCACGGUUAUUGCUUGCCUGUUAUGUACAAUUUUUCAUUUUGUAUUUCAACCAAAGCUUAUCGAAAAAGUUGGACAGAGUGCUGAUGGGACAGAAAUGACAUUUUCAUGUGGUUCAGACUUUGAUGUGUUGUUUCUUAUUCUUUUGAGCUACAUCAUUGGAAUUUCUUUGACCUGUAGCAUAUUUGCUUUCAGAGCUCGAAAACUCCCAGAGAAUUAUAAUGAGGCUCGAUAUACAAGUUUUGCAAUGUUCUCGUUUUGCCUUGCCUGGCUUUUUUUCCUCCCAUUGUACUUUAGUAUGAGCACACCAAUUACAAAAGAGUUCAUGAUACUGAUCAUUUCAUUGAUAUCCACUUCAGCUAGACUCUUCAUACUUUAUGGGCCAAAAAUGUUUGUCAUUGUAUUUCGGCCAGAGGAGAACACAGUGGAGAGAUUUAGGGCCAAAUUGAAAGCACAACAAAGCUACAAAAAGUCAACCAGUGGGGCAUCCCCCUCACAUCAUGCACGCAGUCAACAUGAACGUGGAGCAACUUUGAAGACACCUAUGUCAUCCCCAAAGAUAUUUGACACAUCACAAACAAGGAAUCUUGCAUUUGAAAUUUCUGUUGAAAAUGGAUAACCUCUUCAAAGACUACCUGCUGAAACUAUUUUUAAAAUCCAGUGAACAAAAUGUUUAGAUUUAAUGAUUUAUCUUUAUCAAUAAUAAUUCAGUGAUAAUGAGUUUCUAUUUGUUUAUUUCAAAGUUUCAGAAUAUUUUUUCUUAAAUGUUAGUUUGUACAACAUAUUACUGAGAUUGUUUA